AUGUCUCCCAGCUCAGAUCCUGUUACUGUGACGACAAGCAAAGCCAAAGUGGAGGUACAUGAAAACACAAAUGCUGUUCUCUCCUGUGAGUUCAGGACAGAGAAAGAAACAAACCCGCGUGUUGAAUGGAAGAAGAGAGGCAAAGAUGUUUCGUAUGUUUAUUUUGAUGGGGAUUUUACAGGUUCAUUUAAGGGCCGUGCAUCCAUCGAUGGGGCAACACUGACCCUUCGUGGUGUGACACAGAAAGACUCAGGAGUGUAUCAUUGUGAAGUCACAGCCCGUCAGGACAAAAUCAAGCUGGGGGAGGUCACUGUCACCCUCAAUGUGCUUGUGCCGCCACAUGCGCCGUCUUGUGAGGUUCCAGAAACAGUCAUGAGAGGAUUUUCUGCGGAGCUCCGCUGUAAAGACAAACUGAGUGUUCCUGCUGCCACCUACAGCUGGUACAAAGACAACAAACCACUUCACACUGCCAAUCUCCCUGAAAUCACCUACACCCUGGACUCCAAAACAGGGACUCUGAAGUUCAAGGCAGUGUCAAAAUCUGAUGAUGGUCAGUAUCGAUGUGAGGCCUCCAAUGGGGUGGGGGCACCCAAAAGUUGUGCAGGACGGCAUAUGAAGAUAACUGAAUUUGAGCUGAACAUGACAAUAGUUAUAGCCUUAGAAGUGGGAGCGUUCCUGUUCCUCCUCUCAUGCUGUGUUGCCAUCUGUCUGUGCUGCAGAAGAGGGUGCUGUCGCUGCUGCCGCAAGAAUAAAAGAGAGACUAAACAAAGCAGAACAAAGACCAGCUAUAACCCUCCAGACCUGAGACGCUACAAACAUACACAAUCCUUUGUGCUAUGAAGAGCGUGCACAUACUACAUAGCGCUGUGCUAAAAGAAGUGAAUUUAAGUGACCUCAAAGAGAGAACCAUAUCUUACAUCAAGUGCACUUGUAUAUAUCUAUGAUUUGCUCUGAUGGCCUUUCCGAGCAGAAAACACGCCCCCUGGUGUUGAGGUCCAUCCACAACAGACCCACAUAAUGGUUAAGCUCUGCUGAUUCUUUUGUACUACUGUAAAAAGCUUUUUUAUUUUUCAAUUCAAGAGAAUUCAUUUAUUUUUAGACACCGUGUAGUAUUCUAAUGGUCUCAUAUCUGUUUGACUUCUCACAACCUAGAGUAGAGACUGUAAAUGUUGCACUAUUUCAUUUUAUUUUGGUUUCAAUCAAGCCACUGAGCAGAGGUCCAACUACAGA